AUUCGGAUUGCAGCCGACUGUUGGGCAACAGCAGCUGUGGAAUGCGUUGAAGCACUCUACUUCAAAGAUAAGGGAGUCCGAGUUGAGCUAUCUGUCCAACAUGUUGUCGACAGGACUCCAAAAAAAUUGUGGAGGCUGAAGCCCAAAGUGGAGCUUUCAUUUGAGAAGGAGGGCAGCUACAUAAACGAUGCUUUUGAUUUUAUCAAGGAGCACGGUGUUGCCCUGGAGCACGAUUGGCCAUACAAUAAACCUCCAAUCAAUGAGCACGGACCAAAAAUCCGCAUUCAUGACUACUUGUUCGCUCACGGGCGGCAAGCCAUGCUCAAAUUUCUCAACACCAACAACACCCCGUUGGUGGCAAGAUUGAGUGUCGACGCAUCCUUAUUCGACUACGAAAAGGCAGUACUUGGAUAUAUAAAUACAUUACAAAAUUGCGACAAAUGUCAAGAUAAGGACUGUGAGCUAUAUACCAAAGAUGCAAAGUAUCAUUGCGAACGAUGCGGUUACGGAUUCGGUUUUCACUUCGUCAACAUAUGCGGAUACGGACCCGGGUAUUGGAAAGUAAGAAAUAGCUGGGGAUGUGGGUGGGGAGUUGACGGCUACUUCAAAGUUUUGAAAACAUUGGCAAGAAACGAGAAGGCUCCACGAGCACUAUUGGGGAGAAAAUACCCUAUUUUUCCUUAUCAUCCUCCCCACGGAGUAUUAAAUAUUGAGGCGGGAGCAAUUCAGCCCAUUGGGCCCAUUGCUAUCAUGCGAAGUUAAAUGUAACUCAAAUUGAGAGGUUUAGAUGGUGUGUGGCUUAUCUAAAGCUUGGUACUGUUUCUGUCACUUUGGGGAUGUUUUUGUGUUUAAUUACAGCUGGUUAUCUAGAGUUUUAUGUAUUA